UUUACAUGUUUCUACAUUUAAUCGGUUUUGUUCGGUUUAUUCGGUUUAAUCGGUUAUAUACCAAAUCAUAUCCAAAUCCUACGGUUUUUAUAAAAUUAUAUCCAUUCGGUUUAUAUGGUAUAUACCAAAACCAAACCAUAUUGUCUAUUACGGUUCGGUACGGUUCGGUUUUACCAUAUUGAACAGCCCUAAAUCAAACCAACUACACAUGGAUGUGUGAUACUGAUAGAUUGAACCUCCAAUCCGGUCAUAUUAGUUUUUGUCUUGUCGUGGUGUGUCUUUUGUUAUCUGCAAGUAACUGGAAGUGAAAACGUUCACAUCUGGCAUCUGGAUCCUACACCAAGAAGAUUUGAGAAAGAGAGAUUCAACAGGAAAUAAGAUUUUGUUCUUGAUGAAGAUUAAAAUAAAUUAUGUGGGUUAGUUAGUCCACUACAAACAAUGUUAUUUAUCAAUAGUUACGUCUGCAAAUUAUGUCGAUGAUUAAUCCGGCUGUAAAAUAUAAUAAACUAAGUAUAUUAUUGUGUUUUGUUUGAUAAAAGAAUAUAAUAUGCAUAUAUAUAGUGAUAACAUUAACAUAAUGUUAACGAUAAUAUUAACUUUCUUAAACACUUAGGGUGUGACUGGUGAUCAAGAGAAUGAAAAGGAACACUAUGUUCUUUAAUAUUCCUUAAACAUUUUACCAUUCAUGAGGAAUAAUUUUUUAUUUUCAUUCCUCUUCAUUCUUUUAUUUGUAAAGAAUUAUAGAACAAAUCAAUUCCUUAUCAAUUUUGAUAAGAAACCAUCAUUCAUUAUCAUUCCUAAAAAUUUAUUCCUAUUCAUUCAUUUCCUAUCUGUUCAUAUUGUUCCUAUAAUGGUUACCAGUCACAUCAUUAAUAUAAAUAUGCUAGAAUAUCUUGUUAUUCAAGUAUUUGCUUUUAAUUUUGAGAAUCUUCGUAGGUUUUACGAAUUUCACAGCCUUGGUCCGUAAGAUGUAUAUCUUACGGCCCACCGGUUCUAGGUUUUCUAAUGAGGUCUAAGACAUAGUUUCAUCUUCGUCUCACUAAACUGUAGCAGCUUAGUUUUCUCCAGAAAUCGAACUCAGGAUCAACGGUUUAUGCUUCCUGCCAAAUCAAUCCCUACCACCAAUCUACCAUUGUUUGCUUAAUCUUUAUAAAAAUAGUGCAUUCUUUACUACUUCAGAAGUAGUUUAAAAUUUAUAAAUAUAUGGAUUACUUUCAAAUUAUAAAAAAAAACUUUUAGAUUUAUUAAACAAUAAUCUCCCUAGCGAUUUUUUCUAACAUCAUGGGACAGAGCGGGUUAGAGUUAAUGCUAUUAAACUAUGGACCCUGGCAGACCCGGCCUACCAAGUUCGCAAAAUAUCUUAAGCCACUGCAUGAUACGUCAAAUAGAGCCGGUUAACCCAUCUAAACCUUUAUGCCCACCUGUAAAAGAAAAGACCGAGUCACAGGGAGUUCCAAAUUUGGUAAGAAAUCCAUAAAUAGACAAGUUACCUAGUUUCAAGCACUAAGCUUAACCAUAAAAUCAGAUCCAUCACAUAUUAACGUCUCGGAAAAAUAAAGAAAGAUAGAGAGAUGACUGAAGAAAGCCCAGAGGAGGAUCAUGAAUCUCCUGGAGUAGCCGAAACAAAUCUGGGAAGCCCAUCUUCAAAGAACAAUAAUAACAACAACAACAAAGAACAAGACCGGUUUCUCCCAAUUGCCAAUGUCGGAAGAAUUAUGAAAAAGGUUCUUCCCGGUAAUGGUAAGAUCUCGAAAGACGCCAAAGAGACCGUUCAAGAGUGCGUAUCAGAGUUCAUCAGUUUCGUUACUGGUGAAGCUUCUGAUAAGUGUCAAAGAGAGAAGAGGAAAACCAUCAAUGGAGAUGAUAUCAUUUGGGCCAUUACAACUCUCGGUUUCGAAGACUACGUGGCUCCGUUAAAGGUCUAUCUCAACAAAUACCGAGAAACCGAAGGAGAGAAAACCAAUAGCCCAAAACAAAGACAACAACAACAAGUACAACAGAAUCAUCAUUUCCAGUUCCAAGAACAAGACCAUAACAACAUUUCAUGUACUAGUUACAUGUCACAUCAUCAUCCUUCCACAUUCUUUCCCGCUGAUCAUCAACCUUUUCCAAAUCUGCCUUUCUCACCUAAAUCAUUGCAGAAACAGUUCCCGCAGCAGCAGCAUGACAACACUGAUUCCAUUGGACAAUGGUCAGUAUGAGUCCUAAAUUUUUGUACUUUUAUAUAUAUAUAAAUAUAUAUUAUAUUGUUUUGUUUUCCGUUGUGACUACAUCUUGGUGCUUAAAUAUUGUUGCUAUACAUAUACAUUAGAUACGUACAUCUUGAUAUUUUCUGUAUACCAAUGUUAUAUUUUGUGUAACAGAAUACUUCUUGAUAUUUUAUCGGGUUAUGUUAAAUUGAAUCACACCAGAAGAAUAUGUAGGAACUCAGACUACACAAUGCCAUCUUAAAAUAUUGCUUUAUGUCGGGUUAUGUUAGAGCAGCUCCAACGUAUGGUCUUAGAAAGUAUCUAAGAUAUAAAGAUAAAGAAAAAAAAAAAAAAA